AUGUGGAAAAAUAAGGACAAGUUGCAGUCUGCAGCGAGGUUAGAGAAGCUGGGCCUGCGCCUGGUCGUCGCUGCGGAGUCUGCUGCAAGAAACGCUGCGGCAGACGUGGCCCGAGAGGUGGCAGAUGCGGCAGCCUCCAAGCUUGCGGAGCUGAGGCGUCAACUGCUGAAGGAGGUGGACCGCCAGCGCUCCUCGCUGGAAGCGACGGCCGCAGAACUGGGGAUGCAGGCGGAGGCUGCGGCGGCCAUGGCCGAAGGUGCAGAGGCUGCUGCGGCUGUGGCCGAGACCUUCUCCCUGCGCUGGGAGACCUCUCAAAGCGAAAUGCUGGAGGCCAAGGAGACAAGCGCUCAGAAUCAUGCUGACUUGCAACAGCGGCUGGCGUCCCUCAUGGAAGUCACUGAUGCCCUUGGUCCGAAGGUCAGCAACCUGGAGGAGCAGCUCCACGCAGAGUGCCGCCGCCUGGAUGCCGUUGAAGGCCACACGGAGGAGGCCCACGAGGCCCUCCGCCGGGGCGAGGAGGCGGUCCAGCGACUCUCCGAGGUAUCCUCGGCCUCCCGUGAAGCAUGGGUGCAGCAGAGACAGGCCCUGCACGACUGCUUUGCCGAGAAGUACGCAGCGAGCCCGCUCCUUUGCUUCUGCACUGGUUUGCUCUUCAUCGCUCCUGAGAUCUCAGGCUACGGCCAUCAACGGCAGAGUGGAGGCAACUGGGUGGGUGGGCGAGAGAAGUGGCUCCUCAGUCUUGUGGCAAGGCCACGGAAACAUCCAUUGGCGAGCCAUUCCGAGCAUGCGGAUCUGGGCGCCCGAUUGGCUGAGCUUGACAAGAGCUCUCGAAGUUUCAUGGAGGAGAUCGAUUUUCGAGCAGGGACGGAACAUUGCUCCCUCUUUGCUGAGGCAACUCAAGCCCUGGAAGCAGCCUGGAGACCAGAGGCCACGAGUCGGACGUGCUUUAAAGCCUUGUUUUGGGACCUUUUCAUGUUUCAGAUAGCUUCUGCUGAAGAAAUAGUGCAGGUGCAAGAGAUUCGCCACGAGCUCCAGGCUUCGCAGCGCAAGUCAGCCCAGGCGCUGGAGUCCGAGAGCGCGCGGCUCACCAAAGCACUGCGCGAGCUUCAGCGCCAAGGCAUCAGCCACGAGUGGCUGGUGCCACGCGCACACCAACGUGUUGAGUAUCUCGCAAUGGACUCCAGCGAUGCCAAAGGGAUUUGGAUGGACUCUCCCGAGUUCUGGCUGGGAGGCCAGGGCCCUCUCUUCCUGCGCUUCUAUCCUCAAGGAGUCGCGGGAGGUGAUGGCCUUUGUGCCGUUGGUCUGUAUGCCAACAGCCCAGCGUCCAGCUACUUGACUGACAGUGUUCUGCUGAUGUGCCCUGCCCUUGCGCUUGGAUCUCCGCUGGGAGCUUGUGUCGACGCGGUCCUCGGCGCAUCGUUCAUGCUUCUCCGACGUGUUCUCUCUGAGGCGUUGCGGACCUUCGGAAGAGGGCUGUUGCGCAGCCAGAGGCCUCUCCGGCUCUCCGAUCUUGCGCUGUUGCCGGGUUUUGCACAGAGGGCAAGCCGGGCAAGACGAUUCGUGCCGCAGUGGCAGGCAGAGGGUGUGCUGUGGCUGGCGCAUGGCUUCGGCACCCUCGAGCUGGUCAGCGAGGGCAAGGAGGACCUGUCUCUAGGCGAGUGGGAGUGGAUAGGUGGCCACUCCCGCCAAUCCCUUUCACGGGGUGCUUGGUGCAACCGCUUGGUAGACACGUACAAACAACUUCAUCAAGUGAAGAACCGCAGACACCUGCAGUCAAGUGGGCCAGUUGCUGACGCCACGAACCAGUUGAGUGUUUGGAAGGUCUUGUUUCGUCAGUUGAAUGUUUGGAAGGCCCAGGCAAAGUCGGUGCCGGGCUCGCCGAAUGCUGCUGGCCGCAGCCUUGCUCAUCGUGAGAUUCCCAUUUUGCUGAGUGUGCUCGUGUUCUCUCGUGUUGCUGUGAAGGCCCUGGUGCUGUUCUCUCCAGUCCAAGCCCCUCGCGCCCUGGAUGGGCAGUUUUCGGCGACCAAGGAUGUGGUCGCGAUGCAGCCGAGCAGCCGGAAAGGCGACGCCCCUGGUCUGCCCAUGCCGCGCAUGCCCUGCGCUCUGCAGGGGUCUCAGCAGAAUCGGAGCCGGAAGCCCCCUACCAGUGGCAACCCGUUCCUUCCGGCCACAAGUGCCGGGGACAACGAGCGCGCUUCGAUGAAUCCCUUCAUCGACCGCAUGUGA